GAUGAUAUAUAUAUUUCCCAUUUCUGCUUGACAAAAACUAUCCAACAUGUUAUUUUCAAUUAUCAAGUAAAAUAACUUGAUAAUGAUAAUUACAAGUGAAAUAUUUUCUAAUUAGUUUAAUAUUGUAUAAAACUUGUUUAUUCAACUUAAUACAUCAAGUUCGGGAUUUUUAAUCGAGGAAAUUCGAAGCGAUGAGGAAAGGACUUGAUGACGGCAUGUCUGCCGUUGUUAAAAAAUGGUAUGAGGAGUAUCCAAAGGCAGAAGGACCAAGCAAACAUGGCAAAAGUGAAAUGGAAGUAAUAGAAUUGAAGUCUGAAGCAAAGAAAUGUCUUGAUUCAGAAAGUAAUGCUUAUCACCUCAGGCAGUCAAAAUCUAGGAGCUCUGAUUAUUCUUGGCUGAAAACUGCUAUAUCAAAGGGUACGCUAGAUGAUAGGGUAGCUGCUGGUAUAGUUUUGGUCCAGAAUAGUCCAAAACACAACCUAAAUCACCUCACCACAUUGGUAUCUCAAGUUAAGGUUGCCAAACAUAAUCAAUGUGGUAUGGUUAUCACUGCUAUAAGAGAUUUAUUUUUGAACGAUCUCCUUCACCCAGAAUACAAACUUUUGAAGUUUGAAGAGCAGAAUCUCGAUCAAUUGGACAGUUUUAAUCAAACUUUUAAACCAGAUGAUGAUUUCAAUGCACAGAAAAGGCCAACUUUGUCGAGGAACAAAUUGUUGGCUAUCUGGUAUUUUGAAGAUCAGUUGAAAGAGACUUAUGAGCGCUUUGUUACUGCACUGUCAACUAUAGCUAACGACACUGUAGAUACCAACCGUGAAAAAGCUGUAGCAGUAAUAAAUGACUUGCUUAUGGGCAAUGCUGAACAAGAGCACAAACUUCUUGAUUUUCUUGUUAAUAAAAUUGGUGAUCCUGGCAGCAAAGUAGCUUCAAAGGCUGUUUUCUCACUUACUAAACUUUUGCACGAACAUCCCAAUAUGAAAAUAAUUGUUUUAAAAGAAGUGGAGAAAUUAUUGUUCAGAACAAAUAUUGCUCAGAGAGCCCAGUACUUUGCCAUAUGCUUAUUAACCCAGUUUGUUCUGUCAAAGGAAGAUACUCAAGUUGCCACAACUCUCAUUGAUGUAUAUUUUGCAUUCUUCAAAGCAUGUUUGAAAAAAGGAGAACCAGACAGUAGAAUGAUGGCUGCAAUAUUGACCGGUGUGAAUAGAGCUUAUCCCUUUUCAGAUAUAAGUUCAAUCAAAUUAAAUGAGCAUAUAGACUCUGUAUAUAAAGUUGUACAUAUUGGAUCUUUCAAUGUCUCUCUGAAUGCUCUCAGCUUAUUGUUUCAAGUCGUUGGUAAGGAUCCCAAGCAAUCGAAUAGAUUUUACUCCGCUUUUUACCGCAAACUGUUUGAUCCGCGAAUUGGGACUGCAAACAAAAGGGCAAUUUUCUUGAACUUGCUGUAUAGAGUUUUACGCAACGACCAAAGUAUACUGCGAACGCACGCUUUUAUAAAGAGGAUUCUACAAGUCUGCUGUUAUUACCCUGCUAAUAUGGCUUGUGCCACGUUGUAUGUUAUAUCUCAAGUACUACAAUCCAAAAAGCUUACCAACAAAGCUUUGACCCGAUUUGCUCCAAAUGUCAUGGAUGAUCAAGUGGUUGAAAGUGUUCAGCAGAAAGAUAAGCCCAAAAAGAAAGAAAGCACAAUGGUACUGUCUAAUGUUGUGGUUGAUCAUCCCGAAGAUAAAAGUAAAGACGCAGGGGAAACUGAUGAAGUAGUUGAGGUGAAAAAUGAAUUUAAAGCAACCUUCUAUGAUCCUUUUCACCGCAACCCGUUGCACUCUGGAGCAAAUCUGAGCUUCUACUCUGAAUUGGCAGCUCUUGUAAGGCAUUUCCAUCCCAGUGUUUCUUUAUUCGCUCAUAAUAUUAUACAAGGAAAACCCAUUGAUUAUACUGGAGACCCCCUUGAAGACUUGAGUCUAAUUCGUUUCCUGGAUCGUUAUGUCUUCAAAAAUCCAAAGAAACUCGAAAGUAAACGUGUCAUUAAGAAGAACGAUCCACUAGCUCAGAGAGCCGCUUACACUCCAAAAGGAAUUCGCUCAAUCCCAGUCGACAGUUCAGCGUAUCUUAAUGAAAGGGAAGAAAGAAUACCUGUUGAUGAGCUCUUCCUCUACAAAUACUUAACUAAGCGUAAGGAAGUCAGAGGUGUCAAAGAUGCUGACGAUGCAGAUGACGAAGACGAUAACGAAAGUGUCAAUAGUGAAGAUUUCAACGCGAUGAUGGACCAGUUGAGUAAGGGUAAAGACUUGGAGGAUAUUGAAGAAUUGGACAUAGCAGGUGAUUUUAGUGCUGCGUCGAAGAAGGCCAAGAAAGGCAAAUCGGAAGACGACCAAGACGACCUCGGAGAGGAAGAUGAAGAUGCGGAUGAUGAAGACGAUGACAUUUCUGACGUUGGUGAAGAUAGUGAAAUGGAAGCAGGUGAGCUUGACGGAGAAGGUGAUGACGAAGAGUUCGAAGAUUUGGAUGACAUGGACUUGGACGAUCUCGACGAUGAUCUGAGCGAUAUGGAAUUCAACGACGACGAUGACGAUGAAGAACUCGAAAGUAACUCAUCCAAGAAACGCAAACACAGUAAACCAGGUGGCGGCAAAGCCAAAAAGAGCAAAGGCAUUGACGAAAAUACAUUUGUGUCUGCGGAAGAAUUUGCUGAAAUGCUGGAGAAACAGGGACAAAACAAAUUCAAACACGGAGCGAGUCGCAAUAUGAGUGAUCGUGACGGCGCGAACGCGAAACAAUUAGAUUGGGAGACCGAGCGCAAUCAACGAAUCUCCGGUUUCCGAGGUGGAAAGAAAGGCAAGAAGCCGUUUAACAAGAACUUUAAGAAUAAAAAGAACUUCUCGAAACACCAGAAACCGAUGAAGCGACGAAAGUAAUUAAUUUUGUACAGUUUAUAAAGAUUUUUUUUUAAUAAAUAAAUAUAUAUAUAUAUAUAUAAUAUAAUUUGACAAACAAGUUGAUUAUUUUAUUGGAAUAAAUUCCUGUAGACAAAUAAGCCAAAUCUGUUUUACUUUUUUUAUUUAUUUAUUUUAUUUCUAAUCAUUCUAUAAAAAAAAUAGGAGAUUUGUGUAGAAAUAUUAAAUUUAUAUUCAUACAAUCAAAAAUUUUUUGAUCAUUUUCUUUUUUAAAAAAAGGUUAUAAUUAUAAGAUAUACAACGUUAGAACGGAAACACUAGAAUAAAGCCAAAGCUGAAAAAAAAUCUGAACUAAAGUUGUCUUGAACGAAAAAAAAAAUAAACGGUUUUAGGGCGACGAGA